AUGUCAGGAGAGGAUGACCCCUUUGUCUCCUUUGGACGAUGCUAUUUCGACGACAGUGGCGACGAGGCCCCAGACCGAUUUAUACCCUGCGGAAAUGUCAACUUUGGCAAUGUGACGUGCUGCGAAAGCCAAGACAUGUGUCUGUCUUCGAACGCCUGCUACAAUGGCCAGUACGGCAUGACUUAUGUCGCUGGUUGCACGGACGAUAGCUAUUCGGAUGAUUCGUGUCCGCCCAAGGGCAACUACGCCGGCGAUGCGUGGAUGGGCGUCACCUACUGCAAUGGGACCUCGAAUGAAUGGGUCGGCUGUGAGGACAACAGAGGCUCCGGAACAGUAACAACUACUAAUCCCUGUUGGUGUCCUGAGACCUCUCGAACGGCUGCCUUCAGCGGGGCUUCAUCACUUGACAAUGUCGUCAGUCUUGGAAGGGCGACCCUAGAGAGCGUAGAUUGGCAAGGCGGCUUUGCCCCAUCUACGGAAUCGAGGGAUGGCGGGCAACCUUCAGCCAGCUCUGGCAGCGGUGCUAGCAGUGGCUCAAGACCUGCCAGUACUUCAGCCGGAACUACAACACGAUCCACCACGGUCGAUGGGACACCAACUAUGACCACAGCUGUAGUCUCCACAACGAUAGGCUCUUCAGCCGAUGAUGCAACUGACGGCGAGAGUAGUGGACUCGGUACUGGGGCAAAGGCUGGAAUAGGCGUUGGCGCAGGCUUAGGAUUCGUCGCCGCUGUCGCCCUCCUAGUCUUCGCCCUGAUGCGAUGGGGCAAGCGUGGGAAACCUUCCCCAAAAGCCGCAUCGGAGUCAGACGAAUACCGCCCUACUCCAAGACAAACAACGGCCCUCUACAGUCAGCCCCCAGAUCCACAAGCGGCGUUUUUAGGUCAUAAGACAGAGCUUGACGCAGUGGGCACCACGACAACAGCGUCCACACCAUCGCCACGGCGCGACGAGUUUAACAGGCCUAGAUCGGAAGUCGAAGGUAGUCCGGCUAAGGGAGCGGAUGGCCGGCCACUCAAGGAUGGAGGCUGGGAGAUGCCCGGGCAAAUGGGUACGAUUCAUGAGAUGCCAUAA